GGCAUUGACAGCUCCAGCGGCCUCCCCUAUUCCUACGACAGCGCCAGGCCCAACCCUCCACCGACGCCUCCGUCCUCGCUAGGGCCAGGCAGCUCCGUCGCCAUUGCCGGCGCGCGCGCAGGCGCAGCAAUGACCUCCUCCUCCGCCGCCUCCUCCUCCCACCUCCAUAUUACCAUCACCAACGCCUCCUCCACCAUCACUACCAACACCAAAUCCCAGUCGCAGCACAACCACUCCAGCAGCGUCUCCCCUCGCAGCGGCGGCUCCGGCGGUGGCGGCUCCGGGAGCGGCAGCGGGAGCGGGACGACCAACCAGGCCUGCGCCGCGUGCAAGUACCAACGCCGCAAGUGCAACCCCGACUGCCCCCUGGCGCCCUACUUCCCCGCCGACCAGCAGCGCCGCUUCCUCAACGCGCACCGCCUCUUCGGCGUCAGCAACAUCCUCAAGACGCUGCGCCGUCUCAAGCCCGAGCUCUGCGAGGCGGCCAUGCAGACGCUCAUUUACCAGGCGGAGAUGCGCGCCAUGGACCCCGUCGGAGGCUGCUGCCGCAUGAUCAUCGACCUCGAGCACACCAGCGAGCUCUUGGCGGCCGAGCUCGCCGCCCUGAACCAACACCUUGAUCUCUACCGCCAGGCCGCAUCCGGCGUGGCCGGCGGGGACGUCAUGGACGGCCCGUGCGCUGACCUCGAGGUCACCUCCUCGAACCACCAGCAGGAGCAGCUGCUCCUCCACGCUGACCAAGAUCAGGUCGUCGACACGCUCUACGUCGCCCAAGAAGUCGCCGACCCGGUGAUACAAAAUGGCGCCGAUCAUGACGACAACCGGCAACCGCAAUAUCACGGUGGACAGCAGCAGCAGCAACUGUACGACUAUUUCUACUACGAGGCAACCGGUGCCGGCGGCGAUGAAGCUGGGAGAAAGCCCGGUGGCAGUGGCGUCGACAUUAACGUCGACGUCAUGCAGCAUUUCGAUUACGACUCCAGCUGUGAGGUUGAUGAUCAUCACAAGGUGGAUCAACUGGAGCCGAUGAUCUCAUCUAGCCUCGAUGAGCACUACCCGAUUGGCCAGAAGGAGUACGAGAUGAAGGUGGCGUCGUUCGUCGAUGUGUUGGACGUUAGGCCGGAGAUGCAGGCGAUGGACGGAAACGCGGACAUCGGCGUUAAGGAGGAGCUUCAGGAGGAGGAGGAGGAGGAUCCCAAGAAUAACAUCGAAUUAAGUAAAGCAACACACAUGGCUGAGUCUUCACAUUGCAGGCUAGGGUUAGGCUUUUAAGUACAUCUCUCAAAUGCGCCAUCAACCCAUUCAUGUGCCAACGUUUGCUUCACUGUUUUUAUAGCGAGAGAGGCUGUAGAAAGUAAGUAUAAUGUUUUUUUUUCAAAUGAGCCGCGGCUCCAUAGCUAUAUUAAUCAAAUAUCAGUAUUACAAGAAA